AUGGCUACACAUACAACUAUGCCACGAAACCUUUCGUAUUCAAAAGUGGUUCGAGCGUUAGCUGGAGAAGAACUGAAUGAUCGAGAAGUUCUUCAACUAGACGGUGGUAUCACCGCACGUGAAGAAGGACGAUUUGUAUUUGAAUGUGGAUGGGAAGUUGCAAACAAGAUCGGCGGUAUUUAUACGGUGCUCAGAAGCAAAGCCCAAAUCAGUAUAGAAGAGUUAGGAGAUCAGUACUGUAUGUUUGGUCCAAUGAAAAAUGACAAAUGGCGAUUAGAAGUGGAAAAAAUUGAACCCGAAAACAGGACCAUCCGAACUGCGAUCAAAAAAAUGCACCAGUCCGGAUUUGAGUGUAUGUAUGGACGCUGGUUGAUUGAUGGAUAUCCUAAGGUGAUCUUGUUUGAUCUCGGUUCAGGUUCCACUCGUAUGAACGAAUGGAAACAAGAGCUAUUCGAUCGAUGUAGAAUUGGUAUUCCUCAUGAAGACAUUGAAUCAAAUGAUGCCGUGAUUUUUGGUUUUAUGGUGGCAGUGUUUUUGAGGAGCUUCAGAGACUCGAUCACGGAAUAUCAUCCUUUGGUCGUUGCACAUUUUCAUGAAUGGCAGGCAGGUGUUGGACUUCUGAUGACAAGACUUUGGAAGCUGGACGUCGCGACGGUGUACACAACGCAUGCAACCCUGUUGGGGAGACAUCUCUGCGCUGGCGGAUGUGAUUUCUAUAACAACCUUGGUUCAUUCAAUCUCGACGAAGAAGCUGGAAAACGACGAAUAUAUCAUCAGUACUGUCUGGAACGAGCCGCUUGUCAUUCAGCUCACAUUUUCACAACCGUGUCCGAAAUCACCGGUUUAGAAGCUCAGCACCUACUAGGCAGGCAGCCUGAUAUUCUAACACCUAAUGGACUUAAUGUAGUGAAAUUUGCCGCUCUACACGAAUUUCAGAAUUUACACUCGUUAGCGAAGGAAAAAAUACAUAAUUUUGUGCGAGGUCAUUUUCAUGGUCAUUUGGAUUUCGAUUUGGACAAGACUCUUUAUUUCUUUACUGCUGGAAGGUAUGAAUUUUGUAACAAAGGAGGAGAUAUGUUUAUCGAAUCAUUGGCUCGUCUUAAUCAUUAUCUUCAAACGACUUCUGAUACACGACUUUUUGGUGUUACUGUAGUUGUUUUUAUAAUUUAUCCAGCUCCAGCUAACUCGUUCAAUGUUGAAUCUCUCAAAGGUCAAGCUGUAACAAAGCAACUGAAGGAAGCUGUAGAUCGAAUAAAGGAAAGUGUCGGUCAACGUAUGUAUGAUUUUUGUCUACAAGGUCAUCUGCCUGAUGGUCACGAUUUGUUGUCACCAGCGGAUAAAAUACUGCUGAAAAGGUGUAUUAUGGCUUCUGAAAAGCGCGAUUUGCCACCUAUUUGUACUCACAAUAUGAUUCGAGGAGACGAUGAGGUUCUAUGUGCAUUACGACGGACUAACCUUCUGAAUUAUCGAGAUCAUCGCGUAAAAGUGGUAUUUCAUCCAGAGUUUCUGUCGUCUGUGUCACCUCUAAUCGGUCUUGACUACGAGGAUUUUGUGCGUGGAUGUCACCUUGGAGUUUUUCCUUCAUACUAUGAGCCAUGGGGGUAUACGCCAGCUGAGUGUACAGUCAUGGGAAUACCGUCUGUCUCUACUAAUCUCAGCGGAUUUGGAUGCUUCAUGCAGGAACAUGUUGAAGAUCCAUCUUCAUAUGGUAUUUAUGUGGUCGAUAGACGAUACAAAAGCCCUGAGGAGUCCAUUCGGCAACUGGCUCAGAUUAUGUACGAUUUCUGUGGGAUGUCACGCCGGCAACGGAUCAUCCAGCGCAACAGGACUGAGAGGCUUAGCGAAUUACUCGACUGGAAUAGCUUAGGUGUCUUUUACAGAGAAUGCCGUCGUAUGGCUCUCGAGAAAUUGCAUCCGGAUGUGGACAAUAUAAUUCUUCGAAACGAGGGGAAAGUCCCAUCAGCGGCCACUAGCAGACGUCCAAGUGUUCACGGUAGUGAAGAAGACGAGGAUUAA